AUGGUGGUCUCUCCCUCUCCCUCUCCCUCUCCCUUCCAAUUCAUUGCUCCUGCUGGUUCCAGUGCAAAUUUUCACGAAUUCCCUCAGCUGCUGCUACUUUCUUCAUGCAAAUCAGUGCGAGAAAUUAAACAAAUUCACGCCUCAAUUAUCAAAGCCAAUACUACUAGAAGUACUACUACUCUUCCAAUAAUAAGCCUUUGCACCAAAAUCACUUCCCUCCUUCAACAAGAUGUUCAUUUGGCUGACAGCAUCCAGAACCUCUGGUACGCCUCCUCCCUUGCCAACUUUUGCCACCAAAACCCUGUCUACAUUUUCAAUGCCAUCAUACAGUCCCUCUCGACUUCCAACAACACCUUCACCCAUAUUUUCAGCUUGUAUCGACAAAUGCUGCUCAUUGGCCUCUCACCUGACACUUACACACUUCCUUACCUUCUCAAAGCCUGCUCCCAGUCCCAUGCUUUCAUUGAGGCCCUCCAAAUUCAUGCUCAUUCCAUCAAAACCGGUCUAUCUUCCAAUCUCUUCGUCAAGAACACUCUUAUGAGGUUCUAUGCAGUUUCUGGGUUCAUCGAAGCUGUCGAGAAGGUGUUCGACCAGGGUCCUCACUGGGAUUUGAUCUCCUGGACCACUCUUAUCCAAGCAUAUUCCAAGAUGGGCUAUCCCUCUGAAGCUAUUGCCGCUUUCUUUCGCAUGAAUUGCACAGCCGACCGCAUGACUCUGGUCGUUGUCCUUUCUGCAUGCUCUCAAUUGGGAGAUUUUACUCUUGGCAAGAAGAUUCUCGCUUAUAUGGAUCACCAUCUUUUUGAUGUUCACUCCGAUGUCUUCCUUGGCAAUGCAUUGCUAGAUAUGUACUUAAAGUGCGGCCAACCUCACUUGGCUCGUCAGCUGUUCCAUCUCAUGCCUGUCAAGAACCUAGUUUCUUGGAAUUCCAUGAUAUCGGGUCUGGCUCACCAAGGACUAUUCAAAGAGGCACUGCACAUGUUUCGCAGGAUGCAAACGAUGGGUCUCAAGCCUGAUUCUGUUACUUUGGUUGGUGUGUUGAACUCAUGUGCCAAUCUUGGAGAUCUCGAAUUAGGAAAAUGGGUUCAUUCCUAUAUCGAUAAAAAUCAUAUGAAGGCGGAUGGGUAUGUUGCGAACGCACUAGUGGAUAUGUAUGCCAAGUGUGGAAGCAUAGAUCAAGCCUUUAUGGUGUUCCAAGCCAUGAAAUGCAAAGAUGUUUAUUCAUAUACUGCCAUGAUUGUUGGCUUCGCAAUGCAUGGAAAAGCAGACAGAGCAUUGGCGAUCUUUUCUGAGAUGCCUAGAAUGGGAGUACGGCCAGACCAUGUAACACUUGUCGGCGUACUUUCUGCAUGUAGUCAUGCAGGACUGCUAGAGGAAGGGAGAAGACAUUUUCAGGACAUGUCGAGGCUCUACCACCUACAACCUCAAACAGAGCAUUAUGGUUGUAUGGUUGACCUUUUGGGCCGUGCUGGACUAAUAAGCGAGGCAGAAGCCUUCACAAAUAAAAUGCCAAUUGUACCUGAUGCUUCUGUUUGGGGAUCACUACUUGGAGCUUGUAAGAUUCAUGCAAAGGUUGAACUUGGGGAAACUGUAAUCCAAAAACUUAUUGAAAUGGAACCUGAGCGAGAUGGUGCAUAUAUACUUAUGUCCAACAUAUAUUCCUCCGCAAAUAGAUGGAGGGAUGCAUUGAAGUGGAGAAAGGCAAUGAAACAAAACAACAUAAAGAAAACUCCAGGGUGUAGUUCAAUUGAAGUUGAUGGUAUGGUUCAUGAAUUUCGCAAGGGUGAAAAAUCACACCCCAAAAGUAGAGAGGUAAAUAAGUUGCUGCAAGAAAUGACCCAUCACUUGAGAAACUAUGAAUUAAGCCACAGAAUUGCAAUUUGUUGAUGUAUACACAUACAAGCACAACUAGGGCAGAUAGAUGUCAUCAUUUUUACCUACUUUUUAUAGAAGGUAAUAUAUCUCUACUUGUUUGCUUUAGUUUUCUUUAGAUGAUAAGCAAUUCCAAUAUUAUAAAAGAAGUGGACUAGGCUCCGUUUGUUCGCCGAAAA